CAAUAUUUAAGAGCUCAAUGUUAACGAUUUUUAUUCCCAUUACAUUUUAUUUUAUCAAUAUAUUUUGCACAUAAAACAUAUGGUUUGAUUUUUUUUUGCGUGAAGUUGACUCUGACGCUCAUUACAGAAGGACAUUCUGGCAACUCUGAGUCUGAGCGCGCGAUACUUAAAUAGAACAAGGACAUCAACAGCGUCUCUGCAAUCUGCCAUAAAAUCCAAAUAAAAACAGCAUCUCUACAACAAGCCAUCCAGCCAGCCAGGCCUGCUCUGCCAUGAUGAAAACCUCCAAAUCAGCUCAGCAGACGUCAGAGCAGUGUGGGGUCUGGUUUGACACAGUGGAUCUAAAAGUAAAAGCUAAAAAGAAGAAAAUGGUCCUCCCCAUCUCCAAACAGCUCAAUCCCCUAGCAAGACAUGGAGGAUACCGAUUGGGAGUAGCGUUAAACUUCACUCAGACUAAGAUCCAGAUGCCCAACACUAAACAGAGUUCCAUAACUGCAUUUUUAGCUCCAGCACACUGUGUUGUCAACCAGGCACAUGCAGAACCCAAAGUGGAGCCUGCCUUCACUUCAUCAUCUACCUCGACAGGAAGAAGCACCACCUCAACCAAUCAAAUGAGCUCUGGGACCAAACAUAAACAAGAGAUUGUCCCAGAGCUGUCUGAGGAGCACAGGGUGGAUGUAGGCUGUGAGUGGAGCAGAAAGAAAAUGGGGGAGACGGGGGCUACAGCAUGGCCAGAGGAGGUCAUCACCCUCCCUGUAGACAUGUACCAUGCUUCUGAACAGGAGAAGGAAGACAAAGGCACGGAGGAACCAAAAAGAAAGAGGGACAUCUACAAACACUCAUCCCAAAUGGAGAAGGGCUCCCCGGGGGAGCCGUGUAGUGAGAAUCUAUGGAGCACCGGUAGCAGCCCACAGUACCGUCAGCAUCUCGCUGAGCCCGAUCAGAUGGAUUGUGUAACUCAUGAUUCAGAGGAUCGGGAUGUUCGGACUCGGACACAAGAAACUCCCAGAGCGAGGCAUGAAUGCACAGGAAGUGUGAUGUGUGAGAGCCUGCUGAGUGAGGUCGGAUUUGGACUGGGUGCUGAAGGGAGAACCUCCACACAGAGGACACCUGCCUCGACCCCCUGGAUGUCACAGGAUGGAGGCAGUCGAGAGAACCACCCUCUGUCGUCUUCGGCUGCAUUUCCAAGGACAAGAGCUCCCCUCAGCCCACUUGGAAACGCUCCCCUCAGCUCUCAGAACAGGUGGAUGGAAGCAAAACCACAGAAGGGUGUUCUGCAUGGGCCUCUGAGUGACACGGAGAUGUUGUUCACGCAGGACUCUGAAGGCUUCAGAGUGAUAGCACAUCGAGGCCCCAGUGUCCAAUCCAGGAGCUGUCCAAAGUCUCACACUAACGUAGCAGCUGGUAGUAAAGACAGAGGACUGGCUACCUGUGUUGCACUAGAUCAGGAAAAUGAGAUUUUUUUUACCCAAGACUCUGAGGGAAAUAUAGUCAUCAAACAUUGUGAUUUUGUAUGAUAUGUGUCCAGGAUCUCUCCUUAAACAGAUGGUAAAGAUACAGAUUGUAUUUAUCUGUCAAACACCUGCUUUGUACUUAUACUAGUCUGUUUUCAAGCAAAGGGUUUUUUAUCAUUACUACAGAUGAAAACACUAGCAGAAGACACUGAGACAAGUAUUCGACAGUUUUUAUUUAGAAAAACUUAUAGUCACAUUUAUAUUGUAUUAAUUUAUGUUGAAUUAAACUUACAUGGUGAACUAAUCUUCUAUGCUGGUGUCUCUAUGCAUCUUUGCCCGAUGCAAAACCCAGUACGUAAUAAAGUUGGUCUAAUAAUAAUUGAUGGGCACAAAAUGUCAAUUUCUAUUAUGUUUUAGCAUUAAGGUAUACAGUGCUGGUAAUUCAUGAUCAUGUACUGUUGACAUCAAAAGUAUACAGACCCUUCUAUGCACAAUUACCCCACUUGACACAAAAUAUUCUUACGGUUGUAAAAGCUGCAUUUUGAAAGGCUAUGUAUGCUUUUGAUUUGAAGGCACAUUGAUUUAUACUGAAUUCCUCUACUAACAGACUUCUGAACAAUUAGUUGCUUUAUAAGAGCUGCUUGAACACAGUAAAAACUGGACAGGAUUAAACCUCACUGAGUUUUAACUAGAAUGUACAACACCAUCAACAUAGAUAAUCUGCUUUUCAGCAUAAUUGAUCUUACAUAAUAGGCAAACACAAACAAUUCUACGGCUUCUGUCAUACUGUAACAUACUGUAUACUUUUAACUUAUAGCAUCUUCUAAGGCCUCAAUUUAGUACGCCAGCCAAUGAACCAUCUGCACUGUUCUAUAUACUGUUUCAACCCCUUCAGCAGUCAUGAUUACUCCUGCCACACCUUCACCCUCUCUGCUGCCGAUCAGCUCAAAAACACCCCAAACAUCAAAUACAAACAAGCACAAACCAAGAAACAGUGAAAUACUGACCAUCUUUAGGUGAAAAGAAUCCCUUUUAGGUCUGAGACAUACUGUACUUCACCAUUUCAAAUUGGAUACGGGUGUAAAUAGGAAGUACCUACUGUAU